AUCUCAAUCGGGGUGUAUAAAAAAGAAUUUUCUCUACGCAACCAAUUCCGAGUGGAUCAGUCGACAUUGAAGUUCGCACUGAUGAAGUGGAUACUUCAUGUCAGAUUCGGAUUAAACUGUGCCCACCAUUAUUUAGUGAUAAGUGAUACCAUUUCUUGGAACGAAGUACUGAAUAAGCAUGUCUUUUGUGUUUAAAAUUAAAUUCUGUUGAAACGUUGAAAUUUUAAAAAUGGAAACUGCUUUGAGGUCUAAUGAAAGUUUUACGGCUAUUCGUCCGGAAGCACGAACACAAGAGCCGAUAGUUCAUUCCCUUGGUUGGAAUGUGUCGCCUGAAGAUCUUGAUAUAAUUCCCAAACAUUGGCUGACGUACGCAGAACCUGCAGCUUCAUUACACCUUCUAAUUGGCACAUUCUACACAGCUUUUAUGGUGUGCGGACUUAUUGGAAACGGUUUGGUCAUUUGGAUUUUUGCAACUUCAAAGUCAUUGCGAACUCCUUCGAAUCUUUUUGUAAUAAAUUUGGCCGUGUGCGAUUUUCUAAUGAUGUCGAAAAUUCCGAUGCUUAUUUACAAUUCGUUCAAACAAGGCAUGGCAUUGGGAUCAGUAUGGUGCGAAGUAUAUGGACUAAUUGGUUCAAUCAGUGGUAUCGGUGCUUCCAUAACUAACGCCUUCAUUUCAUACGACAGAUAUAGUAUCAUCGCGAAUCCAAUGAAUGGCAAAAUGAAGAUGACCAAAGCAAUUUUCUGUUUAAUCUUCAUCUGGUGUUAUAUUUUACCAUGGUCAUUUUUUCCUUACUUCAAAGUUUGGGGACGAUUUGUUCCAGAAGGAUUCUUGACCACCUGCAGCUUUGACUAUUUGGACGAAUCGUUUGAUAUCAAGUUGUUCGUGACGGUUCUUUUUACAUUCACUUAUGUUAUUCCGAUAUUUCUGAUCCUUUUCAACUAUAGUCGGAUUUGUGCACACGUAUUUUCACAUGAAAAGGCUUUAAAGAAUCAAGCCAAAAAGAUGAACGUUUUUUCAAUUCGAUCGACACAAAAAAAAUCGGGAAAUAUAUCAAAUGAAAUUCGCAUUACAAAAGCAGCAAUCACAAUGUGCUUUUUGUUUGUUUUGUCUUGGACUCCAUACAGUGCAGUUGCGCUGAUUGGUAUUUACGGUGAUAAAACACUUUUAACACCAGUCAUUACAAUGAUACCAGCUGUUACUUGUAAAUUGGUGGCCUGUUUUGAUCCAUACGUUUAUGCGAUCAGUCAUCCAAAAUAUCGAGUUGAACUUCAAAAACGGCUUCCAUGGCUUCCAAUUAAUGAAAAACAAGACAAAUAUUCGGACUCGGUUUCGAUGAAUACAACCUUUACCAACACAGAAACAACAGUAAAAACGACCAAUGACAAUGAAAAUGAUGAUUAAUUGACGAUUUUCAUAUGAAUAUCCCAUACGAGGCUAUCGAUUCAACUAUUCUAUCUGAACAUGUAUAUCUCUUCCUCAAUCUGUGCCAAAAUAUAUUAUUAUUUUUUGGAGAAUAAAAGAUAUUCCCAGCAAACGAAAAAUAUUUAUUUUCAUCUAUUCAACACUUCAUUCGUUUGCGGAACGUCCUUUUAUGUUAAGUAUACACCAAUAAAAGUUUUUAUGUAGUGUGUAUCUGCGUGACAUAAUAAUAAGUUAUAUAGCGCUUAGAUACAAAUUCUAAUCUUCAAUUUCUAUCUGACACAUUUAGAGUCAAUUGUUCAAUGUUUGAACAGUUAAAUAUUUUUUCCCAACAUUUUGAAAUUGACAACAUCUCAUCGCAGUACAUUUUCAUUCCACAGUUUGAAACUUUCAAAUAAGAUGCUUAACAUAUUUGAAAAAAAAAGUUAUUGUUUGCUCGCACAUAGUUUUGUAUAUAAAAGGCGGUAAAAGGUCUAUCUGGAUCUAAAGCGAUAUCAAUACGAGUAGUAAGAGAUGCAACGUCUGCAAUCUCUGAAAACAAAAAUAAUUUUUUUUUAUUUCACACGAGAUCUGAUACAUGUGUCCAUGCUUGUGUUUGUUUCAUUCAAAAACUCCCACGAUAUGUUUUAUCAAUUAUCGAUGAGAAUAUAUAUCGUUUAUUUUUACUUAUGUAUGUCAGAUUAAUGCAUACGUGUAUUCUCCUUCGCCAGCAGUAUGUAAGUUUAAGCUUAAUGUUGUGAGUAUUUGAGUUGCGAGCACUUUGGAAAAGUAUGUGAAGCCAGAUUAAAUAAAUAAUUCAACAAAAUGUUUCGCUUAAGUUUACGUUCGUUAAGCUUUUCUCGCUCGUGUAUGUUAUGUGGGCCACCUCAGCCAGUGAACGAUGAACCGAGUUGGAUUGCACAUAGCAACACGAUUUGAUUUAAUAACUCAAAUAAACAAACCAUAAUAUUGGUAAAACUAGCACUUUCGCUGUGAAUUAAAUAUUAAUGAAGUAUAUAUUUCCAAAGUAUUUGAUACUUCGUUCGAAUAUUAAAGUAAAACUGAAGACUGAUCCAUUGGAUUCAUUGAAAUUUUCCGUUCAAAAACACUUUCAUUAUUUUUAAUGGCCAUGAACUCCAUACUGCCAAUAUAUACUUUUCUUUUUCAGAAUGCCAUAGCUUCUUCGCUGCAAUAUGUUCAUUUUUGCAAAUAUAAUUAUACACAAGUGGCACAGUUUGCAAUGGCCAUUUGAUACAAUGAAAAAAUGUUAUGACUUUAAAUGCACCGCCCUGAACUCAAUUUCAAAUUGAACUACGAUAAAUAUGCCACUUCUUAUUAGAAUUAUGGCUACUAUUAAAAACAUACAAGAGUUGUACAUGUUUCGGUGUGAUCAUUACAAUACAAUCACAUAGAUUGAUUAUUAUAUCAUUUAAAUCAAAAGUCCACCGGUACGGGGUUCGAAUAUAAAAAUUCGAUGUUUUUGAGGAGUUUUAUUUUAACGGUUUUUCGUUCUUCGAUGUUGUUGACCAGUAGUAAGUACGUGUGACUCAAAUGGAAACUUUCACUCAUUUCCCCUCAAUCAAAGCUUUACGAAAGCUUUGUGUCAUAUGUUCACUUUUACUAUUACCGUUGAGUUGUUACUGUCAGCACUGGUGCACUGUGUGUAUUUGUCCAUUGGAUCUGUAGAAAAAAAAAACUAAUUUUAUACCUUUUUUUUGCUGUCUGCUGAAAUUUACUUGAAAUUUACACCAAUACACCUAACUGACA